AUGAGCGCGACCCUCGCGCUUCAACGGCCGCGCUAUCGAACGUCCUAUUUCAAAUUUUAAAACAUUCGAAAUUAUCAAAUUAUUUGGAGAAUUCCAAUUUUGAAAUUUUUAAGUUUUCUCUGCGUCAGUGUACUGUUUUUAAAAAUAUUAAUUCGUUUUUUUUAAAGUUUGCGUGUAGUUUUAACCAGCCAAUUCAAAAUAAAUAAUUUUCAAUUUGAAGAAGAUUUUUCUUUCUUUCGGCUGUGGUGUGUUCGAAGAAAAGUUUGGAUGUGGCAGUUUUUGGCGAAUAAUAAACAGGUGGCUGCGAUGCUAGGGCUACUUACAGUAGCGGCGGUGGUGGUCAUCGUGCUAGCUACCAAGGGGGGUAGCUAUAGCGUCGUUGCCCGUACUUGGGAGGAAAGUGACGAUGUUAGCCCUGAUCCCCAUGUGUUUUCUACGCACAGUCUUCCUACUGACGAUAGAUUCAUGCCAUCCAUUGGCAAUGGACAUCUCGCUACCAAUAUCUUUAGUGAUACAGUCUACAUGAACGGGUUGUACAACGGGCGGCAAGGGGAGAGCCGUCGGGCUAGAAUUCCCGCCUGGGCCAACAUAAGGCUGAACUCAACUUUAACGCACCACCCGUUUAGCCCAGUAUACAGUUUAAACACGAGAGAUGGCGUGUUCAACGUAAGAGUUGAUAGAGACAGGUCGAUAGUAACGCAGAGGAUUUAUGCUCACAGAUUCUAUACCAGAGCUAUUGUGAAUCAGAUACAAGUUGUAUCGAAGCCACAUGCAGACCCGAACUUUAUCCACCACGAGAUCUGGAUAGCAGUGAAGCUGAUGCCAGGACCAGAAAGCAAGGACAUCUCCUUCCAACCCCCAGUACCUGAGAUCAUCGAGGGUAGAACCACUUGGAGUACAUGUGGACAGACCAAGGAUUCCGAAGACCCGACCUAUCAGCCCCUGCCGGUAGAUGUAUGCGUCUACUGGACGUCAGUGCCUGAUCAUCUGGUGGUCCCUCAGCAUGGUUCCAGAGUGUUCACAUUCGUCAUGACUGCUGAUAAGAACAAGACUGUCGCGAGAGAGGAGUUUAUCAAAGUGUUGCAGGAGGACGGCGAGGAGUUGCACAGGAAGCAUGUGCUGCAGUGGCAUCGACUGUACCAGCAGGCGGGGCUCGACAUCGACGGAAACUUAAAACUGGCUAAGAUAGUAAACGGGAUCUGGUAUUACUUCCUGAGUUCGUUACCUUCGGAGUCGACUUACCAGCCGCUCGACAGGUACUACGGCCUCAGCCCAACGGGACUGGCCAGAGGAGGCAGCUUCGAAGAUUAUGAAGGUCACAACUUCUGGGAUACAGAGAUGUGGAUGUUCCCCUCCAUCCUGCUGCUCUACCCAGGAUACGCCAACAAGCUGCUGCAGUAUAGGCUGGAUACCGCGUACGUCGCUGAACACCUGGCCAAGAUUACCGGGAAUAAAGGAUACAGGUAUCCUUGGGAGAGCGCGUACACAGGCUCGGAAGUGACACAGCCAUGUUGUCCAGAAGUGGCGGAGUUCCAGCAGCACAUCUCAGGAGAUAUCUCUUACGCAGCCAGGCAGUACUUGGCUACCACCAGAGAUGAAAACUGGCUGAAGCAUGGUGGAUGUAACAUCGUGACCCACAUUGCGGACUUUUGGGCUUCCCGAGCUGUGAUCAACUACACAACAGGACUGUUUGAUAUUUCCAAUGUGAUGGGUCCUGACGAAGACCACAGCAAUAUUACCAAUUCUGUCUUCACCAAUGUUGUAGCUGGAUACUCAUUAUACUUAGCGCAAUACGUAUCCUGCCUAUGCAAGUCCUACUACAUGGCAAAGAAUCCGGAUCACUGGGCCGACAUAGCGUGGAGCCUGGCAUUGCCGUAUGAUGAGCAGCUGGACUACCACCCUCAGUUUACGGAGUACAAGCGAGGAGAGAAGAUCAAACAAGCUGACGCUGUGCUGCUGGGAUACCCCCUGCAGUAUCCUAUGAGUGUGAGUACCCGAGCCAACGACCUGUCGUACUACGAGUCGGUGACGCGUGGCUCGGGGCCAGCGAUGACGUGGAGCAUGCACACCAUCGGGCACCUGCAGCUGGACGACAACCUGCAGGCAGCGCUCAUGUUCAACAGGAGUUACACGGACUAUGUGCGGGAGCCUUUCAAAGUUUGGAGCGAGCUCCAACGCCCGCGAGUGGGCGCUGUGAACUUCCUGACCGGCAUGGGCGGGUUCCUGCAGACCCUCGUGUUCGGAUACGCCGGCAUCAGCAUCCACCUCGACCGCCUCGAGAUCACCAAGCCGCAACUACCUCCUGAAGCUACCAGCUUCAAGAUUAGAGGCAUAAAGUAUCUCGGCUCGAAUUUGUCCCUGGACAUCCAGCUAUCGACCACAACGUUGUCAGUAGCCUCUGUGGAUGACAAAUGGCCACUGACCAUGUUUAAUGGGAGGUACAACGUCACUUUAGUCCCGGAGACCACAGUGACACUGCGUGGCAGUGGACCGUUCACAAUACGUUCAGUGCAAUGGAAGGACUGCAAACUCCCCAUCGACAGGAUUGGCAACAACUACAUCAGACCUAUAGGUUCAUAGCAUUCGUUACAACACUGUGUUAUUUUUAGUAUUACUUACGAGUAGGGUAACCAAAUAAAACAAUCCAUUUGCCACACGCAAUCCUACCUUGUAAAACGUCACCUGAUUAGAAUCAUAUCUUUCGUCUUUUUCGCACAAGGCGAUGUAACAUAUCUCUGUCUAGCAAGACUUAGUGUACCGAGACGCGGCGCGCUGAACGGCACAUCACGCGUUUAUUUCAAACAUAAGGCGAUGUACAGGAGCGUUCAUGCAGAAGCUUUGUCAUGCGAGGGCUUUAUAUGCCAUGAUGUUCAAAGAGUAGAAGCAAGAUUAGAAUGCGGUGUUGCCAUAUUAUAAAAUAAAUUUUAGUGUGUACUACACAGCAUUUGGGUGAAUAUCAAAAUGUGUCAAGUUUGGUGGCGAACUGUCAUAUAUUUACCGAGGAUCCUUUUGGAUCUUUUUCAUGUCGGAACCCAAUUUUUCACGAAAAAAUAAUAUGAAAUUUAGCCACCAAACUUGAAAUUUUGAUAUUCACCCAUUUACGUCGUGUGUACAGAGAUCGCGAGCUAGGCUAAGUUAGUUUAGCUUAGCUCGCAUAGCUGACGCAAUAUACCAUAGUGUUUUCAUAGUUAGCAGUCUGCACUGCACAUAACUAUGGGACGUCAGCUGAGUUAGUAUGCUAGCUAAGUGGACACCCCUAUUCAAAGAUGUUACCUCGAAACUUUUAGUCGACUCGGCCUCAGCUGAGCAUUUUGGUAUUUUAAGUUGAUAUUUACGUCCUUGACUUGAGGGACUACUCACUAGAGUCGAGCAUAUUAUACUGCCAAUAAAAUAAUACGAAAAUAAUGACGUCAUGCCAAACUCGUCCCUCAAUCAGCGCUUAUCGCUAUCGACCCCCAAGGGUCGAUUAAUUAUUUCAAAU